CACAUUCCUGAGUUUCUGAAGAAGUGUAGCAUGUGCACACACUCACACACAAAACCCUCCGACAAUGUAACACGUACUUCCCCUGUGUUCUCUAUGCAACAUCUAAUUCUCUUAGGAAAACAAUUGCAAUGCACUCAACAUCACCAACCAACAGUUGUUUAGGGGUGGAUUCACUUUCAGAACACACUCAUCUUCUUUGCAGAUAUAAAAGGAGGAAACAGACAGACCAGUUGGCAAUGCCCACAGCACCACAAUGGAGAAUCCACAGAGGAUGACCGAUAAUGGGCAGGAAGUAUCAUUUAUACCAGUGGCUGCUCCAGUUUUCUCCAACAAUGAUGGACAUUCUCACCCUUGCUAUGAAAUAUUUCCCCAAGGUGGAGAUAGAUGUAGUCGACGGGUCACGCUGUGCCUUGGGGUGCUGAACCUUGUUCUGCUGAUAGUUGCUGGAGUUGUUGGGGUUAAAUGUGCUAAAAUCAAGGACUCCCUCCAGGUUUCUCACUCAGCUGCAACACAGCUUAUCAGUGAGCUGAACAACCUCCGCAGCAACCACAGCGAUGUGAUCAAGGCUGAAGAGGAGGCCAAGAAGGAUUUAGAAAGGGCGCUCCAAAACCAUACACUGUUAAAGAUGCAAGUUGAGCAGCAUGAGACCCUCAAUGAUGGUUAUCAGAGACAGAUUGAGACACUGCGAACAGAGAAGAAAAAUCUGCAGUCCAAUAUAUCAGCUUUUGAGGGAAGCUGUGGCAAAUGCCUCUCUGGAUGGAUUCUUCACAACUCAUCCUGCUAUUUUUUUUCUUAUGUGGAGUCUUCUACUGUCAGAAAGAAUUGGCCAGACAGCAGAGCAGACUGCAUAAGUCACGGGGCUGAUCUGGUCGUGAUCGAUAACCCCGAGGAGCAGGCAUUUGUGAGUGUCACUGUAACAAACGUGCAAGGUGACAUUACCUGGCAGAAUGGAGCCUGGGUUGGUCUCACUGACAUAGAGACAGAAGGGACAUGGGUGUGGAUUACUAAUGUCACUGAGGUGGAACAAAGGUACUGGGUGGAUGGAGAACCAAACAACCAUGGAAUAGAAGGAGAGGAUUGUGGGAUUGUAUCAUAUAGUUCCUCAAAUCCCUGGAAGACCCGAUAUGAUGGGAAGUGCCAAAUUCAUGAGUUAUACUGGAUCUGUGAAAUGCCGCCAAGAUAAUGUGUGAAUACACUUAUGAAAUACUACUCAGGCAGAAAACAUAAGCAUGUGUUCAAAACUGUAAGAAUAAAAUGCCCUCAAAAGUUUUACUGUUCUUCCUGCCACUUUUCACCUGAAAACAUUCUAAUUUUAUGUUUACACUCCUUUUGUGAUAUACUAACAGAUGCCUGUGUACACUGCUAGUAGCUACCCUGCAGGAGAUGAUACAAUACUUUUUUGCUUUUAUAUUUCAGCAAACAAAA